AUGUCGACAGGAAGGCACUAGGCAGUAAAUUCCUCUGAGAUCAUAUGUUGGCUGUUACUUGGAAGAGAAGGAACUGACACCAUGGCCAAAGGAAAGAGAGCUGAGUCUACCUCCCCUCCAGAUGGAGGCUGGGGCUGGAUGAUAGUGGCCGGAUGUUUCCUUGUGACAAUCUGCACCCGGGCAGUCACUAGAUGUAUCUCAGUGUUUUUUGUGGAGUUUCAGACGUACUUCGCUCAGGACUAUGCACAAACAGCAUGGAUUCAUUCCAUUGUAGAUUGUGUGACCAUGCUCUGUGCUCCACUCGGGAGUGUUGUCAGCAACCACCUGUCCUGUCAAGUGGGAAUCAUGCUGGGUGGCUUGCUUGCAUCUACUGGCUUCAUCUUGGCCUCAUUCGCCACCAGCCUGAAGCAUCUCUACCUCACUCUGGGAGUUCUUACAGGCCUUGGAUUUGCACUGUGUUACUCUCCAGCCAUCGCCAUGGUGGGCAAGUAUUUCAGCAGACGGAAAGCCCUUGCCUAUGGGAUCGCCAUGUCGGGCAGUGGCAUCGGCACUUUCAUCCUGGCUCCUGUGGUACAGCUACUCAUCGAACAGUUUUCCUGGCAGGGAGCGCUGCUCAUCCUUGGCGGCUUUGUGUUGAAUCUCUGUGUUUGUGGUGCUUUGAUGCGGCCAAUCACGCUCAAAGAAGACCACUCAAUGCCAGAGCAAAAUCAGAAUCAAGACUUUGACCGGGCAUCUCCCUGUUCGCCUUUGACCAAACCAUGGAUGCAGAUCUGCCUUUGUUGCUCUCUCCGGAAGGAAUAUAGUUUUCUACUAAAGCCAGGCUUUAUCAUAUUGGCAGUCUCGGUUUUGUUCAUGGCGUAUGGCUGCAGCCCUCUCUUUGUGUACCUGGUGCCUUAUGCUUUGAGUGUUGGAGUGAGUCAUCAACAAGCUGCUUUUCUUAUGUCCAUCCUUGGAGUGAUUGACAUUAUUGGCAAUAUCAGUUUUGGAUGGCUAACUGACAGAAGGUGCCUGAAGAAUUACCAGUAUGUUUGCUACCUCUUUGCCGUGGGACUAGAUGGACUCUGCUAUCUCUGCCUCCCGAUGCUUCAGAGUUUCCCCCUGCUGGUGCCUUUCUCUUGUACCUUUGGCUACUUUGAUGGUGCCUAUGUGACCUUGAUCCCAGUGGUGACUGCAGAAGUCGUGGGGACCACCACGUUGUCAUCUGCGCUUGGUGUGGUGUACUUCCUUCAUGCAGUGCCAUACCUGGUGAGCCCACCCAUUGCAGGAUGGCUGGUGGAUAUGACUGGCAGCUACACAGCAGCAUUUCUCCUAUGUGGAUUUGCAAUGAUAUUUAGCUCUGUAUUGCUUGGCUUUGCUAGACUUGCAAAGAGAAUGAAAAAAACCCCACUGCGGCUCCUUGCCAAAGAACCCGAUCCCAAGCUGCGGCUGUGGACCAACGGAGCGGUGGCUUAUUCUGUAGCAAGAGGGUUAGAUCAGAAAGAAGGGGAAGCUGCGGCUGAAACAGUGGCUGCCUUCAACCCCGUAUGA